AUGGUGCUUCCUGCCAGAGAGCAGCAUGACUCCUACCGCAAACCCUCAGUGUCUAUAUGCAUUAAAAUUGAGGUUAGGGCACCAGCGCCAGAGGCACCCCCACACUCUGGAACCCACCAGGGCAAGGGGCCCAAGCCCAUCCGGACCGGGGCCCACAGCAGCAGCAUCACCCAGUCCUACAGAGUCCGGGGCAGCCCACCCAACUCCACCAGCCCCCUAGUUGGGCCAAUCCACAAGAGGUCCGCUGCACUGGGGCUGAGCCCCCUGCACCCACCCGCCCACAGCCCCGGCAACACAACAGCCAGGUCCCAAGCCCCAAGGCCCAGCCAGCACCCCAGACCGGGGCGGAGCACCCCAGACCCCCAAGCCUCCACGCCCGUCCCUGACCCACCCGGGGGCAGCCAGGCCACCAGGCCAGUAACCAACGUCCGCCAGUACAGACCCUCCCCCAUCUCCGCUGAGGUUUUAGAGGAAUAUAAGAUCACUGUGAGGAGGAGAUGUGAACGUGUGACUGAAGGAAGUGAUGAAACAGGAAGUAGAACCCUCCUCAACAGAAUUUACACUGAGCUCUACAUCACAGAGGGACAGAGUGAAGAGGUUCAUACCCAACAUGAGAUGAGGCAGCUGGAGACAGCUUCCAAGAUGGACGCCCUGAAUGACACUCCAAUCAGAUGCCACGACAUCUUCAAAGCCUUACCUGACCAAGAGAAACCCAUCAGAAUGGUUCUGACCAACGGCGUCGCUGGUGUCGGAAAAACCUUCUCAGUGCAGAAGUUCACUCUGGACUGGGCAGAGGGCUUGGAGAACCAAGAUGUUAGUGUGGUGAUUCUGCUUUCAUUCAGGGAGCUGAACCUGAUCAGAGAUGAGCAGUACAGUCUUCUGGAGCUGCUCCAUGUUUUCCACCCAACAUUAAAGAAGCUCACAACAGAGAAGCUCGCUGUCUGGAAAAUGUUGUUUAUCUUUGAUGGCCUGGAUGAAAGCAGACUUUUAUUGGAUUUCACCAAUACGAAGAAGAUAUCUGAUGUCACACAGAAGUCAUCAGUCAGCCAGCUGCUGACAAACCUCAUCCAGGGGAAUCUGGUUGCCUCGGCUCUCAUCUGGAUAACUUCCCGACCUGUAGCAGCAAAUCAGAUCCCUCUUACAUGUGUUGACAGGGUAACAGAAGUACGAGGCUUCACUGAUGCCCAGAAGGAGGAAUACUUCAGGAGGAGGUUCAAUGAUGAAGAGCUGUCCAGCAGAAUCAUCUCCCAUAUGAAGACAUCCAAGAGCCUCCACAUUAUGUGUAAUAUCCCAGUCUUCUGCUGGAUCACUGCUACAGUUCUGGAGCACAUGUUGACUACAGAGCAGAGAGGAGAGCUGCCCAAGACCCUGACUGACAUGUACUCACACUUCCUGCUGGUUCAGACAAAGAGGAAGAAGAACAAGUACCUUGAGGGACAUGAGGCGAGUCCAAAGGAGCUGAUGGAGGCUGACAGUGAUGCGCUUCUGAAGCUAGGGAGGUUGGCAUUUGAACAUCUGGAGAAAAGAAACAUCAUGUUCUACCAAGAAGACCUGGAGCAGUGUGGUCUGGAUGUCACAGAGGCCUUGGUGUACUCAGGAGUUUGUACAGAGAUCUUCAAAAGAGAGUGUGUGAUCUUCAAGAAAGCAGUCUACUGCUUUGUUCAUCUGAGCAUUCAGGAGUUUAUGGCUGCAGUCUACAUGUUCCACUGUUAUAGUAGGAAAAAACAGGUGGUGAAUGACUUUUUGGUGAAUGUUAAAUAUUAUGGAUACAUGUCAGGUCUGGAUGAUUUCCUGUUGAGAGUCAUGAAAAAAUCCCUCCAAAGUAUAAAUGGGCACCUGGAUCUCUUUGUUCGCUUCCUUCAUGGCCUCUCUCUGGACUCCAACCAGAGACUCUUAGAAGGUCUGCUGGGUCAGACACAGAUCAGUCCAGGAACCAUCCAGAUUGUGAUAAACAACCUGAAGAAGAUGAACAAUGAUGAAAUCCCUCCUGACAGAAGCAUCAGCAUCUUCCACUGUUUGAUGGAGAUGAAAGACUUCUCUCUAUUUCAGGAGAUCCAAGAGUUCCUGAAGUCAGACAACAAAUCAAGGAAUAAACUCUCUGAGAGCCAGUGCUCAGCUCUGGCCUUCAUGCUGCAAAUGUCAGAGGAGGUUCUGGAUGAGUUGGACCUGCAGAGGUACAACACGUCAGAGCAAGGAAGAUGUAGACUGAUUCCAGCUGUGAUUAACUGCAGAAAGGCUCGGUGA